UCGCACAUGAUUGCUGACACAGCCCUUCUGUGGCAACCAGUGGCUCCUCGUGCAGCGGAUUGUCUCCAUGGCUACGGCCGCCGAAGCAUGGUGGUAAUUGGCUGACUUUUAUCUUUCUUUUAUUGUUUUAAGUCCUCAUUAACAGCAUAGCCCUUGAUGAUGGUACACAUACAAAAGCAGAGCAAGAACAAAAGAGGCAACAAGAUGAUGCAAUAUUCUAAAUAACUGCUGCAAGACGCAAUGUAACACUCAGAAAAUGAGACAGACGAUGUCGCAACUUUCCACCUCAGUUUACUGAAUCACAACAAAUGAACCGAAACAUAUCAAGAUAAUAAAAGGACAAGAGCCAGAUUCAUUCUUUUGUUGUCAACCUGCCGCCGCACCGGCAGACAGACUGCUUGGAAAUAGUACGCCACCACCACCAUUGCUCACUAAUUGUGCCAUGCUACAAUUAAUAAAUUUACAAUACAAAACAUGUGUUCCUAGAUACAAGCAGGCCAGCCACCUGAACGUGGUUGCAAAGUGUGCACGGCCCUGCUGGAUGAGACCUUCACUGUGCUUCACGUGUGACCAACUGCCAUUUACUGACACUGCUGACAUUACUUUUUACUGACUGGUGUGACUGACUGCCAUUUAUGACGACAAAGAAAUCCGUAGCCACUUCCAGCGAGGCCGAGAGAUAUGCAUUCUGUGCCAGUAAUACUCUGGGGGAAUGAUACUGAAAAAAAAAAAAAAAGAAACAGUUGGACAAUGACGAGUCUAUUUUCUUUGCUGUGAAGAGCCUAAGAAAAAUGUAGGUUAGUCGUGGGUGAUACCGUCAUUAUUUACGCGACAAUUACGUGUUCCGUCCCUGACCUUAGGCCUGGUCAAGACCGCAACCUCAGGAGAAUAGCAGGAAAGACACGACUGAUGCACCAACAUGACAUUUAACAGUGCGAGAGAAGCACAGGACUACGUUUCGAGCCACCCAGAGAUCGCCGAGAUCGCUCGACAAAUUCCAUUUCUUGAUUCUGCAACGGUGACAUCAAGAAUUUUCUCUGUGCGCUACUUCCUUAAACGAAAAGGCUUCGACAUCAUGAAACCUUGUUCCAGAAAUGAUGAGGCAGGGUGCUGGCUGCUUGAGCACCUGACACUGUGCAAUAGAGUCUUGUACUCCGUCGAUGUUCAGCUCCACGAAAGUAAGCCAGGAGAGUUGAAUUUCUCCCCAACAGGGUCAAGGGGCGACAUCUUCUCCGAAGUUGCUGUGCUGGACUCUCUGUUCCUGAUCUGCUGGCUCGUGAAACAACACCCAUGCAUACAAGCAAUAGACCUGCACAGGACACGCCUAUUUCUCCACUUCCCGACGGCCCUUAAACUUGCCCUUGCACACGGCUCUAACAUUAGAAGCGUCAAAGUAGGCACCCCAGAUCCAACCGCGCAGCACAACGUGUUUCUUGAGGGCAUCAGGUCCGACACCAUGCUAGAGCAUUUUGAAGCACGCUACCUCAACCUCGAUAUGGAGUCUGCGUUGCGACUCUCGGAAGGACUCAAGAGGUCACCGCAGUUGAAAUCUAUUGUGCUACACUACAGUGGCCUCAGCAAAAAGGGAAUGAAGCUUGUGUUGAAAGCACUUCAGCAGUGCAAUCACUUGACGUCUCUGCAUAUCUGUCAUUACAGCUUGAAGGAAGGUGCUGCUGUGCAUCUGGCAGAAAUUGUAAAACGCAGCAUGUACCUGAAGGACCUCUUUCUCUAUCAGAUACCUGACGAUGUAUUGGAAAUUAUUGCGAUUGCGCUCAGAGAGAACGGUUCGAUCGAGAAUUUGAAAAUAAAUGAAUCUAAUGAUAGUGCCUGUAGUAUGCCGCACAUUUCUGAUGCCCUGAAGACGAACAGGACAAUAAGAACGCUCGAGCUUAAUGCUUGUGGUAUGGAGGAAAGUGACGCUGCUGUGUUUGCUCAGGCUCUAAAAGUGAACGUUUCUCUCCAGGAGCUACAACUUCGAGGGUGCAGGUUCAGAGACGCUGGUGCAAGGCAUCUAGCAGAAGCUCUGGAGUCAAACCGGACGCUUCAUGAGCUCGAUAUCUCCAGCAACCACCUUACAGAAGUGACCCUGGUACAGUUUGUGAAGACCAUUACAGUGAACACUUCACUGGAAGUAGUGCGUCUUGGAACGAUUGAUUUUGUUGGCGAAGUUGACGAAGAGAUUGCUCAGGUUAUCAGAGGCCAUGAGUGUUGCCACAGAAUCUGUACAACGUGGAACACCCUCACGCUGAACGAGUUGGCACGUCUCAUUUCACUCAACUACGACGACUUGAAAAAGAUCCACAUUUUGUGCGUAUUGGAGACCCCUAUAUUACAGGUGAUCUCAGCACUAGAAUCAAACUGUCACAUCACGGAAGUGUACAUCGAAACAGCUGAUGGUGAGAUAGCCGGAGAGGAGAUGGUUAAAGCUCUUGCGCAACUUAUCAAAAAGACCAGGUCCCUGAAGUUUAUCCGCUGCACAUGCCCUUUUGAUGUUGACGGUGAAUUUGAGGACGUUUUUGCUACUUUCAUCAAAGGCCUUACAAACAACGACACGAUCAACCGUGUCGAGCUGCAGUCCGCACGUUUCACUGUGGAAGUCGCCCGAGCGUUCUCGGCCAUGCUCGAAGCGAACACGACACUGUACGCUUUUGUCACACAGAUGUCUUAUUUUGACGCAGGGGCACUCAAGGUGAUUGCGAGACAUUUCCCCAAGAACUACACGCUCUCCACAUUCUGUGUGGGUUCGGAGGGUUAUAGCUCACGAGCGCUGUGCGAGAUUUUCGACGUGGUCCGGAGAAAUGAGCAGCUCCUGAAUCGUGCUACGAGUUUUGCCCUGGGUACCUGCAGGGACUGUGAUUGUAGAGAAGCAUUUCGGAUACUCUGGAGGUGCGAUUCUGUGGUGCAGCAGGUUAAGUUUGUCACAGAGUGUACGGAAGAAGACGCGAGGCAUUGUGUAGAAGCUGCUAAAUUGUUGUUUUUAUAGUGCUGCUUUCUUACGCUGCACCUGCUGGUGCUUACAAAACGACUCAAUGCUAUGUGGGAUAGACGUAAAACUUUUUUCUUUUUUCUUUCAUCAAUGGGGAUCUGCAUUCUACUGUUUUUUUAAAAGAAGAAAUAUAACAGACAUGUAGACAAUCACCGUUGCAAUGGAAUGCAGCCAGGCUGUCAAAUGCAAAACAAGCAACAACAGGAAUGGCAAUAGCUUUCACCCCUUCGAGCUUGACCAAUGCCGCCCAGGCUCAGAAGGCCAGCUUAAUGGCUCCACCCAUAUUCUUUCGGACAUGGCAGCCAAUCGUCGCACUCGAUUGCAGACACAGGCCUUCUGUGGCACCAUGGCUCCAUGGCUACGGCUGCCGAAGCAUGGUGGUGAUUGGCUGCCUUUUAUUUUAUUUUAUUAUUUUAAGUGCUCAUUAACGGCCUAGCCCUUGGUGAUGGUGCACAUAUAAAAGCAGAGCAAGAACAAAAGCAGCAACAAGAUAAUACAACAUUCUAAAUAACUGCUGCUAGACGCUCUGAGACAGACGAAAACGGGACAUAUAGUGUCGCAGCUUUCCACUUCUGUUUACUGAAUGACAGCAAAUGAGUCGAGACACCUCAAGAUAACCAAAGAACAAGAGCCAGAUCCAUUGAUUUGUUGUCAUUCAGUAAACACAGAUGGAAAGCUGCAACAUCGUCCGUCUCGUUUUCUGUGUGUCACGACGCGUCUGGCAGCAGUAUGUACCAACCUGCCUGGUCUUUGUUACACAUUUUAAAUAACAUAUGUUCAGGCGCAAGAAAACAAGGAAACAGCAACUAACUAACAAUUGUGACGAGUUUAGCGAAGCACGAAAAAUGUUUCAUAUGCAGAAGCGAGGUCAUGCCUUAAAGGAGCUGUAUCUUGUCAACUAUGACACGUAGAAAUCCACGGAGAACAUAGUAAAAAGUGGCAAACAUUU